CCGACAUUGAAGUCAUCACGUGAUAAUUUACCGCCAAGAUUUCUCGCUAAAUCGUCUGCGCUAACGCCCAGCUCCCACAUUCUGGAUUUUGCGGUGAAGCAAAAGAUUUCCUCCUUUCAACGACCAACGACAACAACGCCAACGUUUAUCACCAACCGCCACGAUGACCAAGAUCAACUCCGCCCUCCACUCCUCAAGGAGAAAGUCGCGCAAGGCUCAUUACGAUGCCCCAUCCAGCGUCAGACGUACCAUCAUGAGCGCACCUCUCAGCAAGGAGCUCCGUGAGAAGUACAACGUCCGCUCCAUCCCAAUCAGAAAGGAUGACGAGGUCACCGUCGUUCGCGGAUCCAACAAGGGCCGUGAGGGCAAGAUCACCUCCGUCUACCGUCUCAAGUACAUCGUGCACAUCGAGCGUGUCGUCCGCGAGAAGUCCUCCGGACAAUCCGUCCCAAUCGGCGUCCACCCAUCAAAGGUCGUCAUCACCAAGUUGAAGCUCGACAAGGACCGUGAGAACAUACUGGAGCGCAUCAAGGCCGGCCGCGAGAUCAAGGAGAAGUUGAAGACCAAGGCAAAGGCCUAGAUGGAGUGGGCAUAUAAACGAAUGUACGGAUGGAUGGAAAACCCUGGGCAUAUUGGCGUCUUUGGCAGGAUUUGUUAUUUGCACAUCAGUUCGGCUGCUGACUGGCUGGCUGGUGCUGCUAGGCAUAGGGAAUGAACAACAAAGACAAAAAUUAUGGCCAUUUCACAUCCUCUGUGCUUGCACGUUGGUUCAAAUUGUGAAAU